AUGCCAGAAGGUACGCUUGAAGUGUUUGUCGUCGAAGGACGAGAAUUGAAAGACAAAGAUAUAGUCGGUCAAAAUGAUGCCUACAUCGAAAUUUACACGGACAAGAAGUACAAACAACGAACGAAAACGAUUUCCAAUACAAAUAAUCCUGUGUGGAACGAGCGAUUUACGUUCAAUGUUCACAAGGGUGAUGAUUCAAUUCAUUUUGAUGUAUACGAUGCUGAUGUUGUUGGCAAAGAUGCGAUAGGUCAUUGCAAAGUAAAAUUGAAACAUGUCUUCGACGAUGGUAAAUUCGACGAAUGGGUCAAACUACCGGCAAUGUUCGGUUUAUCGUCCAAUGGCCAAAUUCAUAUCAUCAUGAGUUUUAGACCCUCGUAA